AUUAAUGUGCAAGGAUAUUUAUAAGAAAGGUUCAUCGAAAGGUGUAGACCCAAUGCCUUUUUUGGGUGGUAUAGGAAUAAGGAUACGCUCGCUUUAAUAGGCAAGACAGCCGCGUUUGUAACGGUCUUCCUUGUGUAUGCACAAAUGGAAAAUUCCGAGAAGAUUGAAUUCAGAUUCGGUAUAAUUGUGACAACAUUGUUCUUGCUCUUAAUAGCGUCUCCAUUGAUACACCUCGGAGAAGUUAUAAGGACACAGAAUACAGAUAUUCUUCCGUUUCCGCUUAUAUUUAUGGGUACUCUAGCCUCGUUUCAAUGGCUGUUAUAUGGCCUCAUAAUUAAUAACACAUUUGUCAUCUUUCAGAAUGUGAUAGGUUUUCUUCUAUCCGUGGUGCAAAUGUCGUUAUUUGUGAUAUUUCCCUCAAAGUCGAAAGCCAAAUUAAACAGUCAAGAGAAGAUGGAUUAACAAAACAAUCGUGAAUAUUACAAAUUAUUUGUUGUAUCUUAAAAUACUGUACUUUAGUUUAGUAUAAAAUGUUCCAACAAACCAGUACUUACAAACCAAUGAUUGCGAUUUAUACAGAAGACAUAAAUCCUGAAUAAUUUGUAAUAUUAUUUACGAGAGAAAGAUAAUUCUAUUUUUAACUAGAUUAUUCUUCGAAUAAAUAGUUCUAUUUCUCAUUGAA